GGGGGGCAAAGGAAGAGAGGAAGGGAAAGUGGGAUGCGAUGCAUCUGUGCAGUGUUUGGUCCCAAGGUAAGCGCGCGCGUAAAUUCAGGCUCACGCGCUAGGCAGUACGCUCAGCCACAUUUCGGAUUGCAAAGGGGGUGCCAUGUAGCAUCGCUUCGGAUUUGGGGGAAAUGUACAUAUAAAAGGGGACCCAGUCUGCUCGCUUUGCAUCCCAUCGCAGCUUCAAUCAGCUCUGCAACACGGAAAUCUAAAGUCAAAAUGCGUUUCUCUGUUACUUUUCUCGCUCUCGGCGCCGGUGUCUCUUCCGUAGCAGCCACCGCCAUCCAUCCCCGCUCCUCCCACCUCUUCCCUCGCCAAUUCGACUACUCUGAAAUCCCCGACUCCUGCUCCGAGAUCUGCUACACCGCCAAAGACGUCUUCACCGCCUGUCAAUCCGGUACCGCCACAGACGGCUGCCUCCAAGCCUGCCGCCAAGAAGACGCUGACAACGGCGGCGCUCAAACCAACUAUGACAAUAUGGUAUCUUGCUUGACGUGUACGGCGAGGAGCAGUAAUGUGACGGAUGAUGAGAUUUUGAAUAUGGAGCAGGCGAUGGAUCAGUUGAAGGAGGUCUGUGAGGAGACGCAGAGUGUUUCGAUUACGGGGUACUUUUCUGCUACUCAACAGAUUAGUUCUACUAGGAGCUCUAUCUUCUCUUUCCCCACCGGAAGCACCAGCGUCUCUUCCUCUUCUGCAUCUACAUCUGCCUCUGGCGACGCAUCUUCAGCCUCCACAAGCGACGCCUCCUCCACUGCGACCUCUUCUAGCAGCAACGCCUUGCCCGUCCUCUCCGCCUUCUCCCUUGGCUCGAUCGGUCUCGUAGCUGCUCUUGGCGCUAUCGGUGCUAGUGCUGGGGCGUGCUUUGUGGUCUGAGAAGUAUUUGUGACUGACAUCUUUCGGGGUGCAUCAUAUGCUUACAGCGGGGUACGGAGGUGUGAAGGGGUAGAUGUCAUUAAGCAAGGUUGAGGGAAGAAGAAGGAGGGUGCGCAUAUGUUUAUAGUCUCUAUAAUUUGGUCAGAGCCAGGGUGGGAUAAUGAACGUAGCCAUUGUCAGAUCGUCCUCGGUAUCCCGUCAAUGUAUGAAACGUUCAGCC